AUGCGGAAACAUCUCAAGAUUGUUCUCGGUCUGCUCAAAACUCAAAGGCUGGUGUUGCACUAUCACAUCCCUUCAAAUGCCAGUCAUUUCAUCGAGGAGAUGGUCCGGGCUCAUCGAACGCCGAGACUUGCAGGUUCCCUCGUGGAGGCGGCAAAGGAGCAGGAACAUCUCAAUGGGGUCAUCGAUAUGCUUAAAGAGCGCGAACUCUUACUGAAGUUGCCAGCGGCUACAAUUUUGUUCCUCCUGGAGCACACUCCGGAUCCCGCAGACAUCAUCUACAAUCAAAUCGAAACUCUUGACUUUGGCGAACGCCGGUAUGGAGAGAAUUGGUCCAUAGAUCGUCAGAAGUAUCUCAAGAAUCUGGCUCUUCUAUGCCGGCUGCCGAAGAACGGAGUCAAACUUGCUAUCGAGCUUUCGAUCGAAAGUGCAGUGAUUGAGUUCAAAGAAUAUUCGCGCCUAACGUCACACGACAACCUUCAACUACUCGACUGCUCCACACUGGCCCUUGUUUGUGAAGAAGAGAGACGAGGUCGGCCAAUGGAACACAAUGAUGGCCGCUACCCAAGAGGUUACCUGGAGAUGAUGCACAUGGACCCCUUACAUUCGGCUCAAGGCUUUAUGGAAGAUAUCAUGGAAGAUGCACGUACGUGUCAGGUAGCGGGCGACCGAUCGGAGGAAAUCGAACACUUGAUACACGAGACUGAUCACAAAGCAUUCGUGGCGAGAUUCUGGUUUCCGUUGACACUGAGAUACCUCCGUGGCAUUCGAAGGAAGCGGAUAGCUGGAUUUCUAAUGCCCCGCGUAGGAGGUCACGUACUCCCUGUGGAGCUUCAAGAUGCAAUUUCUGCCUGCUAUCACGAUGCGGAUUUCCUCACGAAAGCACCCAUCUUGGCCAGGGAAGGCCUUAAGGAUACAUUUAAACGAAUCAAAGAAGACAUGG